UAAUAAUAAAAAGCCAUGUGUCAAAAACGCUUGAAAUUAAAAAGGUAAACAGUUGACCUAACCCUUAAAAAUAAAUUACUCCUUAAAUUAUGUUUUGAUAUUUUUUAAGCAAUUGGUUGAUUUUAAAUAAAAAUGCCGACAGUAAUAGCUCUGGAUGUGUCUUUAUCAAUGAGACGUCCCGUGAUAUCAACAGGAAUAGAUGCAUCACAAAAUGAACAAUUGACUAGGCAUCACCUAGCAGUGCAGGGUAUCAACACUUUACUGAAUUAUCUACAAGUUAAUUCUAAAUUGGAGUUCGUAUCACUAGUUGUAUUUUCAUCGCUGUAUGAAUUAAUCUGUCCGUUCACUCGCGACUAUGACAGCAUACGUUCUCGGCUGCAGAUGAUAGAAGAGCGCGACAAGACAUGCAUAGAGACCGCGUUGCACGGGGUUAAUAGCGUAAUAAUGAGCGAGUGGGGAAAUUCGACAGCAUGUCAGGUUAUUUUGAUCACCGAUGGAAACCCAGGAGUCGGUGCAAUGUCUCUAGGACAUUCUCUUAAAUCACUGCAUGUUGCUCGUGAGAAUCCAUUUCCUUUGCCCUUUCCUUUUCCUGGUAAACUCAGUGUUGUCUGUAUCGCUUCUCAGCAAGACGCAGGAUUAUCACAAGGACUGCCAUUAUACCAAAAGUUAGUAGAUUUGGCAGGUGAAGACAGCGGAGUGCUUAUUCCCGAGGGUUCGCUCUCAAAAACCUCAGUAAAUAACUGUUUCCAAAAACUCGCCGAAACUAAUUACGUGUCUUUCCAAGGAUACCUGAAGUGUGGAAACCUGGGGUCAAGAAUCCACUUAUCUCCGGCGCCGAUGAGUUACACAAAACGAACAGACUUUGAACUAGUCCCCGGAAUGACGAUAUCUAAGACAAUUGAAAUCUGCGGGUUCAUUUCAGUGAGCGACGUCGGGAGUCCUAAUUCAAUUUCUCGGCAUCUAGUGCUGCCUUUACCAACAGAAAAGACUCCCAGUAUGCAAGGCGUAGUGUCUUUGGAGGAAGAAUCUGAUGCUGAAGACAAUAGUGAUGAAGGAAAGUCCGCUUCUUUUUGUGUCUUACUCCACGGAGCGCUAAAAGUCGAGAACAUGGCUGCGCUUUGUCUUCUGCAAACCGACUGGUAUGGAUUUAUUUACUCUUGGGCAGAUACCAAGAAGAAAUCGAACCUUAUGCUGACGGUAUUGGAGCCUGGAGCCUAUGUCGUACCUUGGUUAGGAAAUUUUAACCAUCUGGGACCUGCUGAUGUUGUCAGCAAGAAUGUUGAGGUUCUGGCUUUCCCUAUCAAGCCUACUGAAAAAAGAAGUUACUCUCAAAACGCACCUUCUUGGAUCAGGCAGGUCGGAUUGCAGUCUGAUAUUCAGAAAAUUUUGAGGCAUGCGAGAAAAUUGCCAGAGAAGACUCAAAAUUUUUAUAAAGAAUUGAACAGAUUACGUCGCGCAGCAUUGUCCAUGGGAUUCAUUGAACUGCUUGAUGGAUUAGCUGCAAUAUUUGAACGCGAAUGUACGCUUCUUCCCACAAACUUACACUACGACUGUGCGAUUCAAAUGGGACAUGUCGCAAAUAUGUUAAGAAAACCUUUUUCUAGGGAAUUAAAAAAUAAUAUUACACCCAUUAAAAGCGCUAAAUUUCAUCAAGAUCAAUGAAUAUUUGUAUUUAAAAUUUAUUAAUUUAUAAAAAAAAUAUUUUUCAUUAAACAAUUUUGCAAUAAUA